AUGGAGAGCCCGAUGCUGCACGACAUGCCCGAGGAGCUGCUGGCCCUCAUCCUCUCGCACUGCCCGCUCUCCUCCCUACCGUGCGCCGCGGCCGCCUGCCGCCGCUUCGCCGCCUGUGCGGCGCCCGAUCAGCCGGUGUGGCGACGCCACAUUUUGCGCCGGCUCGGCGCGGGCGAGGAGACAGAGCGGUGGCCGGUCAGCGGCGGCGCGGGUUCGCGCGCGCACGCCACACCCUCGUGGCGCGAUCUCCUGCUGGCCCACCACAGCGAGGCUGCAGCGCUCUCGGCGGUCGCGGCGUUAGACACGAGCGACAUUGCGAGCUUCUUGAAGUUUCGGGCGGCGCAGGUGGCAAACUGCUGGCGCGAGGAGCUACCGCCGCCGGCCCAGCUGCUCAAGGGCGCCUCCGUCCAGCAGCUCUGCAUCUCUGGCGGCACGGUCUCCUUCACCGGACGGCUCGGACGCGACCGGGCGGUGCGUGCCGAGUCGCCGGUGCCGCUCUCGUCGAAGUACGUCUCCCUGCGGGCGGGCGGCGGCGGUGAGGCGAAGAUCGCACUGAGCGAUGUCUACUACUUUGAAGUGAGCAUCUCGGACGCUCCCCUUCCCGGCGACGAUGCCUUCACCGCCGACCGGCCGCCGUGCGUCUCGAUUGGGCUGGCGACCGAGCACUUUCGGCUGCAAGACAAGCAGGCGGGAUGGACGUCCGAUUCGCUCGGCUGGCACGGCGACGACGGGGUCCUCUAUCACCGAAGCGGGCGCGGGCUGCAGCGCUUCGGCCCGCCGUUUGGCGCGGGCGACACGAUCGGCUGUGGAGUCCACCUGACGUCGCGCCGCGUCUUCUUCACGCUAAACGGCUCGCUG